UGCGGGCCGUCACCUGUUAUUGUAAUUAUAAUUACCCGAGGCGAGCUGAGCUCCAUUUGAAAAUUGUUAAUGCCUCCGAAUAUGCAAAUAAUUAAUCGAUCGGUUUGCGAUUAUACUAUUGUUUCGGGCUUACUUUAAGCCAACGAUUCGGUCGACAUGCUUCCGGUUGAACGUGACCAUGAAGAAUGAAUCAUCAUCUAUCUCACCUUUCUCGCGGCUGGCGUAUCCAAUCCAAGCCCUAAUGGUUGAGAUUUGAUUGUUUUGGACUGAAAAAAUGGAGGGGAUUUCGGGAGAUUUGCGUCUGUGUUGGGUUCUCAAAACUAGGGUUUGCAUUAGGAUCCUUCGAUUUUGAGGGAGAGAGGAGAGCUUCAGAGAACAGAGAGAGGAGGGGAAGAUAUGAAGGAGCUCUUGGGGAGGCCGGGGACUGUAAGCGGGCUGGUGUUGAGAAUAGGGCAGUGUUUCUUUGCUGCUUCUUCCAUUGGGGUGAUGGUCUCUGCUUUUGGCUUCUCUAGCUACACUGCCUUCUGCUAUUUGAUUGCGUCAAUGGGGCUGCAGGUAUUAUGGAGCUUUGGACUUGCAUGUCUUGAUGUCUAUGCUUUGAGGAUAAAGAGAGACCUUCAAAAUCCAGUCCUAGUGAGCUUGUUUGUUGUCGGCGACUGGGUGACUGCUACUCUAUCACUCGCAGCUGCAUGCUCAUCAGCAGGAAUUGCAGUUCUGUAUGCAAGGGACUUGGACUUCUGCAAGGAUCAAACGAAUCUCCCGUGCAGCAGAUUCCAGGUCUCUGUAGCUCUGGCUUUUAUCACCUGGCUCCUCAUUGCCAUAUCUUCUCAUGUUAUGUUUUGGAUUUUAGCCUCGGUUUGAUAAAAGUUUUGCUUUCUUCCGAUCUCAUUGCGCACAUUCUUCACUGUCCUCUGUUAUACAUCCAAUUAUUUUAGCCCCAUACAGCAAGCUUCUGGGAAAUAUCUUUUUACUUUUUUGCCUUUCAACUGCUAUAUGUAUUUACCGUCUUGGAGCAAUGGCUCUUCCAACUAAAGCAGUUGUCAUGACACUCCUUCCAGCCUCAUUUCUUUUGUGUAACUAAGCCAAUUGAGCUAAAAAGCUUUUAUAAUUUUAUAUGCUCCUGAGAUGCGGCCUCAAUUCCAGCUAA